AUGGUUCGGAUUUCACCUACGGCUCCAUCUAAUUGUGAUAUCAAGAAAAGGAGCAGCACAUCUAUUCAUCUGUCGUGGGACACUCCUUAUCCGUUUGACUACAAAGUAGAAUUUUACAAAGUAAAGGUCAGCUAUGCAUUGAAUAGAGACGUAACAGCUAAGUUGCUCACAGUAUACGAUCAGUCCGUUCAACUAAGAAAAUUGCGUCCUUAUACGAUGUAUGAUAUAACCGUCGUUGCUGUCACAAGCAAUACAAGAGUUCUUGAAGGGCCACCUUGCUAUUUGCAUACACGGACUACUUUGCCAGUACCGGACACUCCUUCCAACUGUACAGCCACGAAAACCAAUUUAACUUCUCUUCUUGUGAAAUGGAAUCCUUAUUCUUUAAGAGACGACGCAGUUGCAUUCUAUCAAUUGACAUUUAAGUCUCAAUUCGAGACGAAAAUCGUCAAGAGCAUACAAACGAGACUUCAAGAGACGAAUCUUACACCUGAUACCAACUACAACAUCACAAUUAGUGCAUUUACAAACAACACGAAACUAUUGAGUGGGCCACCAUGUCAAUUGUUAGCAAGAACCGGCAAAAAGAAUAUUCAUGAUUCGAAGUCUACAGCAGCACCUCUUGUUAUUGCUGGAGUGUUACCCUGCUUGCUGGUGAUUGUUAUUAUUGUUGUUGCUGUUUAUGUCGUUUGGCAUCGCAAGAGAUGCUGCAACAAUCACAUGCAGAAGAACGAUGCCAAAGACACAGAAACAAAGGCUCGUUGCUGUGAGAUGCCAUCAAUUGCACAAACCACACGUUCAAUCGAUGAUCUAGACAUGACAAAAAGUAAUGCAUACAAUUCUGUCACCGUGGAGACAAGUGAGAUUGCUUCGUACACUGACGCUGGCACAACAGUGAUGCAGAGCGAGGUUGGGUCACUAACAACACCAGACGAUUCCAUUGUCUACGAAGAGCUAAACAGUUGAAUUUACAUCAAUGAGAAAUACAACAUACUAAGGUCAACACGAAACAAACUCGUAUCACGUUUCUGUAUACUAGGAGGAAGAAAAACCUUUCAAAAUGUGCUACAUAUGAAACUGCACUGUUGAAACUAUGAA